GGAAGCGGCGAGCGGGUCUGGCCCCGCCCCGGGGCUCACGCCGCCCCGGUGUGGUUUCCAGCGCUGUCCCUCUCCGCGCCGCUUCUCUCCGCGCCCCGGUGAUCUGCCCUUUCCCCGGGUUCCCCCCGGUGCCCGGUAUCCCCGGCUCCGCUCCCUCCCGCCCUCAGCUGCCCCUCGGUUCCCCAUAGCCUCCUGUUACCCCCGUAGCACUCCGUGCCUCCCACCGUAUUCCUACUGCCCUCCCUGUUCCCUGUGGACCCCGGUUCCACUUCCUUACCCUCUCAGCUUCCCCUGUCCUCGGUUCCUCCAUAGCCCCCUAUGCUCCCCGCCAUUCCCCCAUAGCCUCCCCAGUUCCCUGUAGAUACCACCUUAUCCUCUCAGCAUCUCCUGUCCUUGGUUUCCCCAUAGCCCCCCACUUCCCCCGUACUCCCCGUACCCUCCUCGGUUCCCCCAUAGCCCCUCCCAUACCUUCCUUGGUUCCUCCUUAGCCCCCCUGUGCCCUGUAUUGUCUCCCUGGUCCUUGACACCAUGAGCGAGCUGAAGGACUGCCCGCUGCAGUUCCAUGACUUCAAGUCAGUGGACCACAUAAAGGUGUGCCCCCGGUACACGGCUGUGCUGGCCCGCUCGGAGGACGAUGGCAUCGGCAUCGAGGAACUGGACACGUUGCAGCUGGAGCUGGAGACGCUGCUUUCCUCUGCCAGCCGCCGCCUCCGCGUCUUGGAGGCCGAGACCCAGAUCCUGACAGACUGGCAGGACAAGAAGGGCGACCGGCGGUUUCUGAAGCUGAGCAAGGACCAUGAUGUGGGCACCUCUGUCAAGCAUGGGAAGCCUAAGAAGCAGAAGCUGGAGGGCAAAGGGGGCCAUGGGACUGGGCCUGGCCCUGGCCGGCCCAAGUCCAAGAACCUGCAGCCCAAGAUCCAGGAAUAUGAGUUUCAGGAUGAUCCUAUUGAUGUGCCCCGCAUUCCCAAAAACGAUGCUCCAAACAGGUUCUGGGCAUCGGUGGAGCCAUACUGUGCCGAUCUCACCAACGAAGAGGUCAGAGUCCUGGAGGAGCUGCUCAAGCCACCAGAGGAUGAGGCUGAGCACUACAAGAUCCCACCCUUGGGGAAGCACUACUCCCAGCGCUGGGCCCAGGAGGACCUGCUGGAGGAGCAGAAGGACGGAGCCCGGGCAGCAGCUGCUGCUGACAAGAAGAAAGGUGUCCUAGGGCCACUGACCGAACUGGACACUAAAGACGUCGAUGCCCUGCUGAAGAAGUCAGAGGCACAGCAUGAGCAGCCGGAGGACGGGUGUCCUUUUGGUCCCCUGACGCAGCGUCUCCUGCAGGCCCUUGUGGAGGAGAACAUCAUCUCUCCUGUUGAGGACUCCCCCAUCCCAGAGAUCGCCAGCAAGGACUCAGGAGCUGAUGGCGCUGGCACGUCUCCCCGCAGCCAGAACAAGCCCUUCAGUGUUCCCCACACCAAGUCACUGGAGGGGCGGAUCAAGGAGGAGCUGGUGGCCCAGGGUCUGCUGGAAUCAGAGGACCGGCCGGCCGAGGACUCGGAGGACGAGGUGCUGGCCGAACUGCGCAAGAGGCAGGCGGAGCUGAAGGCCCUCAGCGCGCACAACCGAGCCAAGAAGCACGAGCUGCUGCGGCUGGCCAAGGAGGAGCUGCAUCGGCAGGAACUGCGGCAGCGUGUCCGCAUGGCUGACAACGAGGUGAUGGAUGCCUUCCGCAAGAUCAUGGCUGCCCGGCAGAAGAAGCGCACACCCACUAAGAAGGAGAAGGACCAGGCUUGGAAGACCCUGAAGGAACGGGAGAGCAUCCUCAAACUGCUGGAUGGAUAGUGAGGGCCAAGACCCCCCCUCUGCCAUGGACCUGGGCAGCCAGGGGUGCUGGCUGUGGCCCUGUCACCCACAGGGUGCUGGCACGAUGCCUACGUUUGCCCAGCCAGCGUGGGACGGAGGGGGCACAGCCCCCGCAUGCCCAGCGCCUGCUCACCCUCUCCGUGUGGGUGAUAGCUCCUGGCUGCUGUCUCCUCCCUGUGUGGGGCUGUCACCCUACCCGAGCUGGGGACCCCAGGGAGGCCUGGGGGUCCCUUCUAUGAACAGCCCCCCAGCCAGUGUUUUCUGCUCCUUCCGUUACUCUGGGAGGGUGACAGUCGGGCCAGUGCUGGGGCAGAUGUGGUGACCGCUUCAGAGCGGCUCCCAUGGCCCCUGUCCCUCCCCAUGCCCCCGGGGGGGAUGAACCUGGCCCCCAGGGAGAGUCUGAGGGUCGGAGGGGGUGGGCAGACAGCAGGGGGCAGCUGGGCUCUGCGUGUACGGGUGGUUUUUGCGUCUGUGUGUGGGCAAUAAAGGGGGCCCGGU